AUGCGAAAUAAAUUACAUCUACUAUUAUUGGUUCUGUUCAUAUCAAAUGAUUUGGUAUUCGGUAAAAAUGGAAAUAAAACUAAAUUGCUAAAAGCCAUUAACAAUAAACAUGAAACCAAUAACAAGGAAAACAAAACCCGCCUCAAAAGAUCGGCAAAUGACGACAUUGAAAAUUUAUUUUUAUCUCGAAAAGAUUUCCCAGAAAACGAACAUAAUUUACAAGAACGAGGAAGAAUAAUAAAGUUGAGACCGAUUGUGGAGAAAGAACCACCAUUUUGGGGUACGAGAGGUAGAAGAGAUAGUUCCUCAGAUGAAACAGUUCCAGAUGUACAGCUACCAACGUACAGUCACCACAAGAGUUCUGGAAAAAUGAAAAAUUUGCAAAAAUUACUUUUGGGCUUCGAUGACAAGCAUAGACGGGAUGAAGCGGAUUCACCAUUUUGGGGUAAUCGUGGUAGACGUAAUUCUGACGAAUCUGAUGAAAAUGACAUAGAUCUAUUUUGGGCUAAUAGAGGCAGGAGGCAAGAUGAAGACCCUUUUUGGGGCACAAGAGGACGAAGAGAGGAAGAUUCCCCUUUCUGGGGUAAUCGAGGAAGACGUGAUGAUGAUGAACCUUUUUGGGGUAAUCGAGGUAGAAGACAAGAACCUGAACCAUUUUGGGGUACCAGAGGUAGGAGAGAAACAAUCGAACCGUUUUGGGGCACACGCGGUAAGAAAAAAAUAAAGAACAGAUACAUUAAUAAAGAUUCAAUUGAGCCUUUUUGGGGUAACCGAGCAAAAUUGAAGGAAAAAUUUAAAGAUUCUAUUAUUGAAGCUUUAGAAAAUGUUCAAGACAAUAUCAGCAAUUUAGCAAAAUUUAAACGAAACGAUUUACAAUCCCCUUUCUGGAUGAACAGAGGAAGAGAUAGUAAACUUAAAUAUUUAUUUAACGGCGCUACAAGAGAACGUUUGAGUAGUAUGCCAAGUAUUACAAGUAAAACGACCAGCAAUGAGGGACGGUCUAAGAUAUAUGAACCGAAUACAGUGCACGAUGAUAGAAUUUACGCGGAGGAACCACGUUAUAUUUUAGUAGAGCGUAAUAGUCGUUCUUCGCUGGAAGAUGAUCCAUUUUUUAUUUCCAGAGGCAAAAAAUACAGUGCACUUGACUUUGUAAAAGAUGCUCGAAGCAGACGUGGAGCGCUAGAAGAAAUAGUAAAAUCCGUUCGAAAUGAUCCUUACUAUAUAGCAAGAGGUAAAAAAGAUUCAAAUUCGAUGAAGGUCGGAAAUUCAUCUUCGUUACUAGAUCAAUUACUCAAAACAAAGGAUCUCGUCUGUUCUACUAUUGAUCUUACAUCAAUGAAAUACGAAGGGAAUAAAGUAAAAAGAGAGGCAACAGAUAACGAAAGAGAUAGAAGAACUAUAUUGAAGAAAUUAGCCCUACAAUUGCAAAUGGAUCCAUAUUUUGUUAGCAGAGGGAAGAAAAGUAUCGAAUCUGAUAGCAGAUCGGAUUUAGAGCAAUUUAUAAAUAAUAUAAAAGAUUUAUGUAAUUAG